AUGCCUCGAGGUCAGAAAAGUAAAGUCCGGGCCAGGGAAAAACGCCGACAGACUCGAAAAGAACCUGAAGAUCUGGUGAGUGAUCAGGCCACCAUAGAAGAGAAAGAUGAUUAUGCCUACUCCUCUUCUGCUCAUUUCAAGGGUAUUCCUCAUGGUUCCCUUGCUGAGACCCUUGGCAAUCCCCAGGAUCCUGGUAGAACUCCAUCUACCACCAUCACUACUGCUGCUGUUUCAUUCACAAAAUCUGUUGAAAGUAUAAACAAUAAAGUAAAGGAAGGGGCAAGAUCCACAGAAGGUCCAAUGGCCACUGAGAACUUUCCCAGAGGCCAUCUAGAUGAGAAGGUAGUGAUGUUGGUACAUUACCUGCUCUACAAGUAUCAAAUGAAGGAGCCUAUUACAAAGGCAGAAAUACUAAAGAAUGUAAUCCAAAUUCACAAGAACCACUUUCCUGAGAUCCUCAAGAGAGUUUCUGAGCACCUAGAGUUGGUCUUUGGCCUUGACUUGAAGGAAGUGGAUCCCAACAGGCACAUCUAUGUCCUCAUCAACAAACUGGAACCAAGCUCUGAUGCAAGGCUGAGUGAUGACAGAAAUGUACCCAAGACGGGCCUAUUAAUGACUAUCCUGGCAGUGAUCUUCACAAAGGGCAACUGUGCCUCUGAGCAGCAAGUCUGGGAAAUGCUAAAUAUGAUGGGAUUGUACGAUGGAAAGGAGCACUUUAUUUUUGGAGAUCCCAAGAAACUUAUCACCAAAGAUUUAGUGAAGGAAAAGUAUCUGGAGUAUCAGCAGGUGGCCAACAGUGAUCCUCCAUGCUAUGAAUUCCUGUGGGGUCCAAGAGCCCAUGCUGAAACCAGUAAGAUGAAAGUCCUGGAGUUUCUGGCCAAGAUCCAUGAUUCUGUUCCUACAGCCUUUCCAUCCUGCUAUGAGGAAGCAUUGAGAGAUGAGGAAGAAAGAGCCCAAGCCAAAGCUGCAGCCAAGUUUCGCAUUAGUGCUCUGGCCAAUGCACGUUCCAAGGCCACAUCCGGGAGUUUUUCCCACCCUUAG